AUGGUCGCUAAGUUCGUCGCCGUCCUCGCUUUGGCCGUAGUCGCCUCAGCCCUGCCCGUAGUUCCCGUUGGCAAAAUCGCUUACGCCGAAUCGCCCGCUCAGUACGACUUCCAGUACUCCGUCCACGAUGGUCAAAGCGGAGACGUGAAACAGCAGCAGGAGGCUCGCGCCGGAGACGCCGUGCACGGCUCCUACUCGCUGGUGCAACCCGACGGCGUGCACCGCAUCGUCGAGUACACCGCUGACAAGGAGAACGGAUUCAACGCCAUCGUUCGCUACGAGGGUCAGCCCAUCCAAGCGCCAGCUCCCGCCAAGAUCGCGUACGCUGCGCCCGUCGCCAAGGUGGCUUACUCCGCUCCCAUCGCCUACUCCGCUCCCGUUGCCAAACUCGCCUACGCCGCCCCCGUCGCCAAGUUCGUCGCCGUCCUCGCUUUGGCCGUAGCCGCCUCAGCCCUGCCCGUAGUUCCCGUUGGCAAAAUCGCUUACGCCGAAUCGCCCGCUCAGUACGACUUCCAGUACUCCGUCCACGAUGGCCAAAGCGGAGACGUGAAACAGCAGCAGGAGGCUCGCGCCGGAGACGCCGUGCACGGCUCCUACUCGCUGGUGCAACCCGACGGCGUGCACCGCAUCGUCGAGUACACCGCUGACAAGGAGAACGGAUUCAACGCCAUCGUCCGCUACGAGGGUCAGCCCAUCCAAGCGCCAGCUCCCGCCAAGAUCGCGUACGCUGCGCCCGUCGCCAAGGUGGCUUACUCCGCUCCCAUCGCCUACUCCGCUCCCAUUGCCAAGCUCGCCUACGCCGCCCCCGUCGCCAAGGUGGCCUACUCCGCACCUCUCACCCACGUGUCUUACUCUUCUCCCGCCAUCUCCUACCAGCACUAA